UGGACAGUCGGUUAUGUUAGAGGCUGUGGAGAACGACAAACUGAAGUCAGUGGACGAUGCUGUGACCAGUGUCCCCCAGGUAAAUAUAUGGUGGAGUUCUGCUCUGAGCACCAGAAAACCAUCUGUAGCCCUUGUAAGGAGGGAUACUUCGCAAGUGAAUUCAACAUGUUUGACAGAUGUGAGAAAUGCCAGUCAUGCCAACAUGAAUAUGGUGAGAAAUGUACACCAACCACGGAUGCGACGUGUUCAUGUCGCUCUGGUUUCCUGUGCUCCAACAGUGUCUGUUCAAUUUGCGAGGAAAACAAAUGUGUCACAGGGGAAAAAGUGAAGAAGACAGAGAUGUCUUCUGGUGCAGGGUUGAUAAAGUAUUCAUAUCAUUGUGAGCCUGCCUGCCCUGGAAACAAAACCCAUGACUCUGUUUGUAAGAUACAUGCAGAGAAGCAGGAGAAUGGUGACGGCUCGCUUCAUGUGAUUUUUGGCAUUGGCUUUGUUUUGUCCUCUCUCAUUCUUCUGGUAUUUCUACUUUAUGCAUGUAUAAAGCAUACAAGGAAACUCAGAGCAGAUAAUAACCCUGUCUUACGGGUCUUAACCAGCACCAGUGACUUUCACCUGUCAAAAGAGGAGAGUGGGCUCCACUUCAUCGUUACGGAUGAAUGCAAGGACAGUAACAGUUUUGGGCAACUGCAUGUGGGAUAAAAAAUACUAAGAUUAAUGUUGCAAUGUUAAUGUGAUGUAAUAUUACCAGGCAUUUUGCUCGGUAUCCACCCACAGAGAACCCUUUAAACAGAGAAACCUGCAAAGGUUAUAGAUGCAAGGUUGUGAAGAAAAUGGGCCUGGUUUGAUCUCCAGACUCAGAGGGUCAUUCUGGAUAGAAAACUGAAAGACCAGUGCUUGUCCAUGAACUAUUUCAGUGUCUACUGUGCACUUUGCCUACUUUUCAAAAUGC